UUGUCUAAUUGCUCUGGCUGGGACUUCCAGUACUAAGUUGAAUAGAAGUGGCAAGAGUGAUCAUGCUUGCCCUGUUCCUGAUCGUAAAGGAAAAGCUUAUACUCUUUCACCAUUGAAUAUGAUUUUAGCAGUAGGCUUUUCAUAUAUGGCUUUUAUUAUGUUGAGGCAGUUUCCUUUAUUCCUAAUUUCCGUUUAUUCCUAGUUUUAUCAUGAAGGGGUGUUGAAUUUUGUCAAAUGCAUUUUCUGCACCAACUGAGAUGAUCAUGUGGGUUUUGUCAUUCAUUCUGUUAGUAUGAUGUAUUACACUGAUGGAUUUUCAUAUAUUGAACCAUGCUUGCAUUCUUAGUAUAAACCCAACUUAGUCAUGGUGUAUAAUCCUUUUAAUGCACUGUUGAGUUCAGUUUGCUAGUAUUUCGUUGAGGAUUUUUGCGUCAAUAUUCAUCAGGGCUAUUGGUCCGUAGUUUUCUUCUCUUGUGAAAAUGGAUUUACUUUUAAACACUGUUAGUUAAGAGCUCCUGAGACAUUACUUAUGUUUUAAAUGUAUAAAAUGGCUUAAGAACUCUAUGAAGCUUUGUUCUAUAUAUAAUGUCGUGUUCAAAAAUUAGGCAGGGGAAAUAAACUAAAGAGAAUUUAGAAUUGUAUACAAAUAGAAACAUUUUAAGCACCUCCUUUCGUGUUAAGGAAAUUUCAUUCUCUGCUCCCAAAGGAGCCAAAUGCAGGUUUGGAAGAGGAAAAUAUCUUUCCUCUGUGUUUGAUAUGAUAUCUGACAUUCUGAGCUUGUGUGGUUUGUUUGUUUGUUUGUUUGUUUGUUUACAGAGGUAUUUGUAUCAAAGAGAAAUUUGAUUAUUGAAAUACAGUUAUCUCAAAUCAGAUAAUUUAAACUAAAAUGGAGGCAUGACUCAUGAAACUAUUCAAAGUGUAGGCCCAUAAAAGAUAUUUUUCAAUGGUAACAGAUUGUUCUAGGAGGCUGACACAACUUUAAUGCAUAUUUUACUUCUUGCUAUGUUUCUUUAAAUUCAGUCAAAACAUAAAAAUUAGUUGAAAUUCCAUCCCAGCAUUAUGAAAAGUAGAUUUAUUCUUUUGGUUUUCUGUUUUGAAUUAUGAAUAAGGAAUAAUUCAAAUUCCUUUGUGGCAGGAAUUUCCUUAACUGAACAUUUAUUGUGGUCUUUGCACCUGCUUUAGGAUUACUCUACGUGGAAACAAAAAGCAUGGAAUAAAUUUGUGGAGGCACAUCUCCAGACUUUGAUUUGGCUGAAGUAACUUAUACCACAGAGCCGUGGGCAUGCCUGGAAUUGAGAGGCACAGAUGAAAGACUCCAAAUUGCCUUUUGAAAACUCCAGAAGACUAUCCCUUCGGACUCUGGAAUUCUACACAUCUCAACAGAGACUUCGCUUGAAUGUUUACAUUUUCUGCUUGCUGGGCUACAUACAUAGCACUAUUUAGUGUUCACCUUUUGUUAAAAUUUACGAGUGUCAGGGGUCGAGCUUGCUCAGCAAGCCAGCAUGGCUAGGAUGUGCUUUGUUGUAGCAGCUUGCCAGUUGGUGCUGGGCUUGCUAAUGACUUCAUUAACUGGGUCUUCCCUACAAAACAGCGAGUGCCCACAACUUUGCGUGUGUGAAAUUAGGCCCUGGUUCACCCCACAGUCAACAUACAGAGAAGCCACCACCGUUGAUUGCAAUGAUCUCCGCUUAACCAGGAUUCCCAGCAACCUGUCCAGCGAUACACAAGUGCUUCUCCUACAGAGCAAUAACAUCGCCAAGACCGUGGAUGAGCUGCAGCAGCUUUUCAACUUGACUGAGCUAGAUUUCUCCCAGAACAACUUUACAAAUAUUAAGGAGGUAGGGCUGGCCAACCUGACCCAGCUCACUACUCUACACUUGGAGGAAAAUCAGAUUACGGAAAUGACUGAUUACUGUCUGCAAGAUCUCAGCAACCUUCAAGAACUCUACAUCAACCAUAACCAGAUUAGCACUAUUUCUGCUAAUGCUUUUUCAGGCUUAAAAAAUCUUUUAAGGCUCCACCUGAACUCUAACAAAUUGAAAGUUAUUGAUAGCCGCUGGUUUGAUUCAACACCCAACCUGGAAAUUCUCAUGAUUGGGGAAAAUCCUGUGAUUGGAAUUCUGGAUAUGAACUUCAAACCCCUCUCAAAUUUGAGGAGCUUGGUUUUGGCAGGAAUGUAUCUCACCGAUAUUCCUGGCAAUGCCCUGGUGGGCUUGGAUAGCCUCGAGAGUCUGUCUUUUUAUGAUAACAAACUGAUCAAAGUCCCUCAACUUGCUCUGCAAAAAGUUCCAAAUUUGAAAUUCUUAGACCUCAACAAAAACCCCAUCCACAAAAUCCAAGAAGGGGACUUCAAGAAUAUGCUUCGGUUAAAAGAACUGGGAAUCAACAACAUGGGGGAACUCGUCUCUGUGGACCGCUAUGCCCUGGAUAACUUGCCUGAACUCACAAAGCUAGAAGCCACCAAUAACCCCAAAUUAUCCUACAUCCACCGCUUGGCUUUUCGAAGUGUUCCUGCCCUGGAAAGCUUGAUGUUGAACAACAAUGCCUUGAAUGCCGUUUACCAAAAGACGGUAGAAUCCCUUCCCAAUCUGCGUGAGAUCAGCAUCCACAGCAACCCCCUGAGAUGUGAUUGUGUCAUCCACUGGAUUAACUCCAACAAGACAAACAUCCGCUUCAUGGAGCCCUUAUCCAUGUUCUGUGCCAUGCCGCCCGAAUAUAGAGGGCAGCAGGUAAAGGAAGUUUUAAUCCAGGAUUCAAGUGAACAGUGCCUCCCAAUGAUCUCUCACGACACAUUCCCAAAUCAUUUAAACAUGGAUAUUGGCACAACAGUUUUCCUAGACUGUCGGGCCAUGGCUGAGCCAGAACCUGAAAUUUACUGGGUCACUCCCCUUGGAAAUAAGAUAACUGUGGAAACCCUUUCAGACAAAUACAAGCUAAGUAGUGAAGGUACCUUGGAAAUAUCGAACAUGCAAAUUGAAGACUCAGGAAGAUACACCUGUGUUGCCCAGAAUGUCGAAGGGGCAGACACUCGCGUGGUGACAAUUAAGGUUAAUGGAACCCUUCUAGAUGGUACCCAGGUGCUGAAAAUAUAUGUCAAACAGACAGAAUCUCAUUCCAUUUUAGUGUCCUGGAAAGUUAAUUCCAAUGUCAUGACGUCAAACUUGAAAUGGUCAUCUGCCACCAUGAAGGUUGACAACCCCCACAUAACAUAUACUGCCAGGGUCCCAGUAGAUGUUCAUGAGUACAACCUAACACAUCUGCAACCUUCCACAGAUUACGAAGUGUGUCUCACAGUGUCCAAUAUUCAUCAGCAGACUCAAAAGUCAUGUGUUAAUGUCACAACCAAAAAUGCUGCCUUCGCACUGGACAUUUCUGAUCAAGAAACCAGUACAGCCCUUGCUGCAGUAAUGGGGUCCAUGUUUGCCGUCAUUAGCCUUGCGUCCAUUGCUGUGUACAUUGCCAAAAGAUUUAAGAGAAAAAACUACCACCAUUCAUUAAAAAAGUAUAUGCAAAAGACCUCUUCGAUCCCACUAAAUGAGCUAUACCCACCACUCAUUAACCUCUGGGAAGGUGACAGCGAGAAAGACAAAGAUGGUUCUGCAGACACCAAGCCAACCCAGGUUGACACAUCCAGAAGCUAUUACAUGUGGUAACUCAGUGGAUAUUUUGCUUCUGGUAGUAAGGAGCACAAAGACGUUUUUGCUUUAUUCUGCAAAAGUAACAAGUUGAAGACUUUUGUAUUUUUGACUUUGCUAGUUUGUGGCAGAGUGGAGAGGACGGGUGGAUAUUUCAAAUUUUUUUAGUAUAGCGUAUCGCAAGGGUUUGACACGACUGGCAGCAUCUCUAGGCUUCCAGUUUGUGUUUGGUUUUUAUUCUUAUCAUUAUUAUGAUUAUUAUUAUUAUAUUAUUAUUAUUAUUUUGUUUUAGUUGUUGUGCUAAACUCAAUAAUGCUGUUCUAACUACAAUGCUCAAUAAAAUGAUUAAUGACAGGUUGGGGUUCCCCUGCGCUUUUACCAGUAGCAUGACCCCUACUUCUGAAGCCAUCACUAGAAAAUACCGUGUCCUCCAAAAAGCUAACCGACAGUUGUGAAGCAGCAUUGAACCUUUUGUAGCAAUCUGGUCUACAGACUUUUAACUCAAGAAGCUAAGGCUAGACUUGUUACCUUGUUGAAUGAUGUUAGUUGACUGUACUGUAAUGUUGUAUCAACUGAAUUGAAGGUUUGCCUUUGAACAAUGACUUUUCUUUUUUUGUAAUAGUUAAAGAGGCUUAGAACAAGCUAACAGGCAAUAGAAAUAUGUAUAUCAGAUUUUUUAAUGUAACAACCUACAUGUUAAUUGUUACCUUAUUCUUUUUAUCUUUAGUAGACACUUUUAAAAGAAAAGACAAUAAUUUUGUUGUGUUUAACUCACCAACAUGUGGUGUAUAAUGAAGACAGAACUACAAUAAAUUAGUUUUGUUCUGAUUUUUUAGAA